AUGUCUCUCAAACUCCCGCUUAUCGGCUUGGUAGCUUCGCUGCUGCUGGGCGAAGCCGUCGGCCAAACUGAGGAACAUCCGCUGCUACCGACAUGGAAAUGCACAACCUCGGGAGGCUGCGUGCAGCAAAACACCUCCGUGGUGCUCGACCGCGACUCGAAAUUCGCCCGCGGCACUGCCGGCUCUAGAACGGCGGCCGACUACGCUGCCAUGGGCGUUUCUACCUCGGGAGACGCCUUGACAAUGCACCACUACGUCAAAACAGACUCUGGAGCGCUCAACGCCGCCUCCCCGCGUGUUUACCUCCUGGGCGAGGACGGCAAAUACGCAAUGAUGAAACUCCUCGACCAGGAACUGUCUGUGGAUGUUGACCUCUCGGCCCUGCCAUGUGGAGAGAAUGGCGCCUUUUACCUAUCAGAGAUGGAGCCCGACGGCAGGGGCGGCGCCGGGGCCGGCAACGGCUACUGUGACGCCCAGUGCCAAGGAUACUGCUGCAGCGAGAUGGACAUCCUCGAGUCCAACUCGAUGGCGACGGCCAUGACGCCGCAUCCGUGCAAGGGUGACAACUGCGACAAGGCCGGCUGCGGGUAUAAUCCGUACGCUAGCGGGCAGCGCGACUACUGGGGGCCCGGUAAGACGGUUGACACGAGCAAGCCGUUCACGGCUAUUACGCAGUUUUCGGCCAGCGGGGGGAGGCUGUCGCAGGUGACGCGCACUUAUAUCCAGAAUGGACGGCAGAUUGGCGGCGGUGGGACGAUUUCGAACUGUGGGUCGGAAGGGGCGACGGGUGGCCUAGCUGGUAUGGGCGAAGCCUUGGGGCGUGGAAUGGUCCUUGCAAUGAGUAUCUGGAACGACCCAGUGCAACAGAUGGCAUGGCUGGAUUCAGGAGCCAAUGGACCCUGUGGCGGCGGUCAGGGCAGCCCGUCCAACAUUCAGUCGCAGCAUCCGGACACUCACGUCGUCUUUUCUAAUAUUCGCUGGGGCGACAUUGGAUCGACCACCAAAGCUGUGCAAUCGUUGACCGAUCCUUCAAUCGGUGUUCCUCCCGAAUCUAUAAACAUGUCCGGCGCCGAGGUUCUCGGUGUCAUAUCUUCGAUCAUCGCAAUUGUCGAUGGGACCAAAAAACUCUACGAUGCGGCUUCAAACGCAGCAGGCCUUCCAGAGGCUUUUCGCGAGGUGGCGGGACGCCUGCCAAUAGUCAGGGAUAUCCUCCGUUCUGCAGAACAGCCCAUACGCGAGGGAAAGUUGGAUGCCGCUUCGUGCAAGGCAAUCAAGCCUCUAAUCGCCAGGUGUGAGGAGAGAGCGAAGAUGCUCGAUACGAUUUUCCAAAGGGUUAUCCCGGCUGAGGAAGCCUCGAGAUUGAGUCGUUACGUUAGUGCUGUGAAGACACUGAACAAAGGGGGGAAAGUAGAAACAUUGAUGAAAGGAUUGCUGGAUGAUGUGCUGCUCCUAGCGAGUCGGCAUGGGUUGGAAUCCGCCACGGUUCACCAAAUCGACCAAACCACAAAGGCGAUCCAGGAUGUAUCUACCAUCAAGCCUUCGAUCCCGGAUUCAGAGUUUCAGGAGAGUCUGGUCACGAACAACAAUUUCGGCAACGGGCCCAUGACCAAUAACUAUGUCUUGGGAAACCAAAAGUUCCAGGCCAACUACGGAACUGGAAAGCAAUUCCAAGCCGAGACCCAAACCUUCAACAUGGAUCUCUUCUACUGGCGCUCCCAUCUGACCGCUGCAGGCGUCUUGGACCAGCUGGAAUUCUCUGGCAUGAACGAGAGGUAUGACGAUAUCGCCGAGGCCCAUAAGCAAACCUUUCGGUGGAUCUACGAAAGACGGGAGUUGAAGUUUGUCGACUGGCUGAAAGCUGGAAAGGGUAUUUACUGGAUCACCGGUAAGGCUGGGUGCGGGAAGUCGACUUUGAUGAAGCUUCUCUUUGAAGACAACAGGACCCUGGAGAGCCUCCCAAAGGACAUUGAGAACACAUCGCUUUCUAGCUUCUUCUUUCACGACCGCGGUCAGAACCCGCUACUCAAGUCUCAAGAGGGGCUCUACCGGGCCAUUCUGUACAGCAUUCUUUCCGAAUACCGACAACUAAUACCAAUUACUCUGCCCAGGCGAUGGGAAGCGAUGAGACGGGAACUUAAAGACUUGCUAACCAAGGAUCCGAUCACGACUAAGCAGAUUGUGGACGAAAUACUGCAAAAGGCCGAAGGCGUCUUUUUAUGGGUCACGCUGGUCGUCAGGUCACUGGUCGAGAGUUUGGAAAACGGCGACGACAUGAAAACUCUUCAAAAGCGACUGUCGGUCCUGCCCGCAGGCCUCGAGCCGUUGUAUAGGCGCAUGGUCGAGCAAAUCGACCCGUUUUACCACACGCAUGCUGCCCAGAUAUUUCGCAUGGUCCAAUCCACAGCUCAGCCACUCUCCCCGCUGGCCAUGUCCUUUGCCGAGGACAAUCCAAGAGACGCCCUUUUGGAAGGAGGAGAUAUCUUCUCGGUAAAGGAGAUAGCAGACCGCCAUUCAAAAGUUGCAAAGCGUUUGAAGGCCCGCACUGCCGGUCUCACAGAAAUCAGCCCACUAAAGCGCAAAAGCCAUGGGAGCAAUUGGCUCACAAAUAAUAAGGGCGAUCCUCCCAGUGAAUCCAUCUCCCGAAAGAUAGAACAAAUUUCUUGGGAACCCUCUAGAAUCCAGUACCUGCACUUGACAGUCAAGGAGUUUCUCCGCUCUGACAGUGUCCCAACUUGGCUCGCGACUCAAAUAUCACAACCAGACGCCGACGCCCACCUUCGUAUUGUGGCGUGUUGCUUACGCCAGUUUCGGGCUACCGGAUCGUUUCACCUCUAUGACUACUCCGAAAUCAACAGGUAUGAUAGCUCUGACUCUAUGGCCUAUUGUCACGCGACAAGGGACGGCAUAGUAUUUAUGAUCAUGUUCCAUGCUCUCGAAGUGGAGCGGAUCACCAAGGCUUCUCAGCUGCCGUACCUUGAAGCCCUGGAUACUUUAGUAAUGGCACACAAACCUCCAUGUCCCGACCGCAUAUCCGGUUACGAUGAAUAUGGCAAUGAAAUCAGAGAGUCGAGACAGUGGCAUUGGACACUGGAUCGAUAUGCGGACUGGGUUGAACCCCGUGAGUGGUUAAGUGACUAUGUCUCAUACUUGAUAACUAUCGGGAUGACGCGAUCCGUCAUCGAUAAGUUCAACCGCGGCUACAACCCAGCUUCGAAGCCGGGCCGACCCCUCCUUCAUUAUGCGACCUGCAGUCUCGCUCCGGGUUACGCCGUCACGGAUUUCGAAAGAGACACACUCGAUCCAGCCAUGGUGGAAGAACUCCUCAAGAGAAAGACAUGGACUGUCUGGGAAGCCGUCCUCGUCGAGAUUUGUGCGCGGUUUAGCGGCGAUUGGGCAAACACCGAAGCUAUGUAUGACCUGAGACUACGAUGGUUAAAGACAAUCAAGCUCUUCCUGGAUUAUGGAGCAGAUCCAGCUCAGUUCGUCAUCGACGAUUACAAUGGGCCACGGGGUUGGGAGAGACGUUAUCCAGAGGCGAGGGUAUCUGCACUCUUGAUCUUAAACAGGACUUUUGAAGACUUCGACGAUCCGCUGGUAGAAUCAAUACGAAAUCUUAUGAUUUCUAAAGGGGCCACCGAAGUGGAUGAGCAGGAUCCCCAAUCCGACCCCAGAUCCGGGAAUCUGUGA